AAGUGAGCAAGAUCCUGCUUUUUUUCCCACUUUAUAACAGUUUGAAGCACACUGCAAAGUCUGUAUUUUAAUGUUAAUAACGUUCCACCCAAUCGAGCAUGUCCUAUUGGCUAACAGACUCGCCAGCGAACGGAUGGCUGAAGGCUUCCUGAUGGAGGUAUGUGUGGAUUCAGUCGAGUCUGCAAUAAACGCAGAAAGGGGAGGUGCUGGCCGGAUUGAGCUCUGCUCCAGUCUAAUUGAAGGUGGCAUCACACCCAGUGUUGGUCUGCUGCAGGUGGUCAAAGAGAACGUACAGAUCCCCGUGUACGUGAUGAUCCGACCCCGAGGUGGCGAUUUCCUGUACUCCGAGCGGGAGGUGGAGGUGAUGAGGAGGGACAUCGAGCUGCUGAAGAGACACAGGGCUGACGGUUUCGUGCUGGGGGCGCUGACCGAGGACGGCCGAGUCGACGCCGAGCUCUGCAUGGAGCUCCUGGCUACUUGUAGGCCACUGCCAGUUACAUUUCACCGAGCAUUCGAUAUGGUCCACGAUCCAGCCGUUGCCUUAGAAACCGUAGUCUCCCUCGGAUUCGAGAGGAUUCUGACGAGCGGCUGUGACAGCUCGGCUUUGGAGGGUUUACCCAUCAUCAAACGCCUCGUAGAACAGGCAAAAGGCCGAAUAAUUAUAAUGCCAGGUGGAGGCAUCACUGAACGAAACCUACAGAGGAUCCUGGAAGGCUCCAGCGCUCAGGAGUUCCACUGCUCAGCACGCUCCACUAAAGACUCAGCUAUGAAAUUCAGGAACUCCAGCGUGAGUAUGGGAGCCUCCCUCACAGCACCCGAGUAUUCACUGAAGGUGUCCGACGUGAGCAAAGUGCGCACUCUCAACGCUAUCGCCAAGAACACUCUUUAGGGCCACUCUGAAGGGGCUGAACUCUAUUUAAGGAGCAGGUUCUCCUUGAAUCGGAGCGAGUCCAUGUCUAUCGUACUGUUUGGAUUUCUUAAAGAGAGAGCUUUUUUAUCAGUAAGUUAUCAGUAAGCUGAGUUUUAUGUCUCAGUUUUCUCCAAAUCAGCCAUUACUGAGCCACAGAAUACAGUAAACAAGCCUUUCUUUUUUUCUCUAUUCGACUUUUUUGAAACAGCAGGCUUGAGUGCUGCCAGUGGCAUUUGUCAUUCUUGCCCGACUGAAGCUCAUUGAUCAGAUUUGCUUGUUUAGUCGCACUAUCAGCAUGCGGCUGCUCGCUGUUGUUGAUUAGUUGCUGUUAUGAUCCAGAAUUGAAAGAUUUUUUCAAUUCAAUUUAGCCAUCUCUGUAAAUGUCACCUCUCACUUUAUUCCGUCUCACAGAUUAAAGAUCUCAAUUAUUGCGAUAAUUAAGCAAUGCCUUGUCCAGUUUUGUGCUUUAACCACAGAUUACUCACACAGAGAUGAGAACUUGAUUUGAUGAAUAAAUAAUUGUUUUCUACA